AUGGCGCCGCCGCCGAAUGUUCCAGGUUUAGUUCAACCAAAUACGACAACCUUUGCACAACCGAACAUACUGCCACCGUAUACCCAAAUGUAUGGCCCACCUUACAAUUUUCUUAGCCAGUAUAGCAAAGCCGACAUCAACUUCACUCCAAUGAAGAUUUCCAGUCGGCAAGUGAUGACGAAGGAUCUGCCUUCCUUCUCCGGUAAGCCUGAGGACUGGCCCUUAUUUAUCACGAAUUACGAGCAGUCCACCGAGCGAUGUGGAUUCACCGAUCAAGAAAAUUUGAUCAGACUACAAAAGUGCUUAAAGGGGCCAGCCCUCGAAGCAGUGCGUGGUAGGUUAAUGAUGCCAUCAACAGUGGGGCUGGCUAUCAACACACUGAGAAUGCUUUAUGGUAGGCCAGACAUUAUUCACCAAACAAUGCAGUCGAAAUUAAGGCAAAAACCUUGCGUUAAGGCUGAUAAAUUGGAAACGCUCGUAGCGUUUUCCCUCGCAGUGCAGAACUAUCGCACUACAAUGCAGGCGGUCGGGCUUGCCGAUUGUUUAAAGGAUCCUGCGUUGCUAAAUGACUUGGUAGCUAAGUUGCCCAGCGACCAAAGGCUCAAUUGGGGUAGUUAUCGUAUGUCACUCGGUCGCGCCGACAUUGGUACAUUCGACGAAUGGCUUUUUGGACUAGCUAGAAAAUUCCACCAAUUCGUUGCGCUACGUAUUGGAGAGAUUCUAGAGGGUUCCAGCGCUAAAGAGUGGAGGUGGUUACCAUCUUGCGAAAACGUUGCCGAUGAAGGCACGAAAUGGAACGAGGAUCGUAAAUUUGACGACAACCCACCCUGGUUUCAAGGGCCAAAAUCCCUAGCUGAGCCCGAAUCUUACUGGCCCGAAACAGAGCUAGUAGUCACUAACUCAAAUGUGACCGCAGAGCUGCAUCACAUAAGCACGGCAGAUGCUGUGGCGCUGUCAGUAAUUUCCCCAGAGGUGCAGAGGUUUAGCUCCUGGGAAAAGUUGCGUUGCACACAGCAAUUUGUCUUGCGUUUUCCGCGCCUGGUUCUGAAGGUCACUCCUCAGUCGCUACUAAAACUGUUCGAUUUGCGCGAUUUUGAGGCAGCAGAGCUCGUUAUCAUAGCCGUGGGCCAGGAAGCUGCGUUUAGCGGAGAGAUAAAGAGCCUUAAGAAUGGUCAAGGAAUUCAGCGGCAGUCCAGCAUCUUUAAAUGGUCGCCUUAUCUUGACGAUAUUGGGCUUCUUCGUGUAAAAGGAAUAAUUGAUUUCGCAAAUGGUGUGGCCGUCAGUGUGAAGCGGCCCUUAAUACUUCCGAAGAAUCACCCAGUAACGCGAUUAUUAAUUGACUUUUAUCAUAGAAAAUUUCACCAUCAUCAUAACGAGAUCAUCGUCAAUGAGAUGCGCCAGUGA